CGUUCGGCUAAUGUGUUCGUCUUGUAGGAGGAGGUCAAUUGUUUUUAAACACGAUUAUGAGUUUAACCUUUGUAAAUAAUUAUUUUAUAUUUAAAACAUUUGUGAAAUACAUAUUACGCUGUGGCUGGAAACCCUUCUUUGAAAUAUAUUAAGAAAUGGAUGAAGAUUCCCCUGAUGAAGUACUUGCUGAGCUGAAAACAAGGGACCUCAGUGGCUGGGAUGUUGCCCAGAUUGCUGCUGGAACUGGCCUGGCUGUGUAUGCUAUGUGGGUAGGAGUCCUGCAGCCAGGUUUCCGGAAGGUUCCAUUGAGAUUACAGUUUAAAUAUGUCUCCCAGGUACCUUACAUACCUGCCAGUGAAGCUCAAGUGCGUAAUGUGAUGACGCUGCUAAGAGGUCGAAAGGGAGGCCUUACGGAUUUAGGAUCUGGUGAUGGACGCAUAGUUUUGGAGGCCUGUCGACAGGGCUUCACGCCUGCCGUCGGCUAUGAGCUCAAUCCUUGGCUUGUUCGUUUUUCCCGAUUCCAUGCGUGGAGAGCAGGCCAUCACGACAAAGUGUCCUACCGAAGAGAAGAUCUUUGGAAGGUGGACUUAACAGAAUGCAAGAACAUUACUGUGUUUUUAGCUCCCAGCGUGCUUUCACUUCUGCAGGACAAAAUGGAGGCUGAACUUCCCGAUGAUGCCUUAGUAGUCGCUGGCCGUUUCCCCCUCCCUGACUGGAAGCCGUGCCGAACUGAGGGACACGGGGUGGACCGAGCCUGGGCGUACAACAUGCAAGCACAAAGGCAGCACACUCCUAAUAAAGAUAAGAAGGACAUGGCAAUAGAUGGAGAUGUUAGCAAUGGACAAGAGAAACAUUUGACAGCGUAGUGGACACUUUUAAGUAUACUUUUUAUUCUAUUUAAAUAUAAGUAUUUUAAGGACAUUUUAUCAACUGAAUGCAGCAUGCGGGGAUCUGUGUCGUACAAGGUACUGUUGUCUCUAAUGACAACAAAUGUCAGCUUUUUCCAUUGUGAAUGAGUCAGCGUUUCAAAAGUACCUUUAUUUUAGCCUAUUUUCAGUUUUUAAUUGACGAAAUGAGGGAACAAUUCCAGAAAAGGGGAAAAAAGAUUUUUGUUUAUUAUAAUUAGUCCCUGAGAUGAUUGGAAGCAACAUUGAUUUCCAUCCCUGUUGUAUUCUUUGCAUGGGGAAAAUUAGCACCACCUGGUGGACAAUUGUUAUAAUAAUGAAAGCCACAACACACAUUGAAACAAAUUAUUGCAUUUGUUUAAGUUAAAGUAAAUAUGGGGUGAUCAAAAAUGACAUGUUUGAUAUUUUUCAAUGUGACACUUUUGCUGUUUGGCACAUAUGUGUCAAUUUUUGUGCAACUUUUAGGCUCAUGUUAGUAACAGAGAUGAGAAAAAUAAAAUCUAUAUGCUUUCGGCAAAGCACAAAAUGUACUUGGGCUCUCAUAAUGGUUGAUUAUAUGGCUAUUUGUAUGCUUAUGCCGUCACAUCAGUGCCUAGACUUGAAGUGUUUUAAUCUGAAAUGUAUUACCGGAUGUAGGUGCUUUUAAUGUACUCACUAACUUGACAAUACUGCAUUAGGUUGGUUGAGCGCUGCUGUAAAAGAGGAAGUGGUGCGGUCUUAAACAUAUGCCUUGAAGUGGGCAAUAACAAGCACCAGCGCGCUGAGCACACAAGACCAAAUCAGCAAUUUAUGACGCCGAUGUGGACAUUGGCAGGCUUUUAAAUUUACAAACGAUUACGUCAAGUUCCUGCGAGCGCCAGCCCUGGAAGCAUGUUGUCGACAAGCUAGCACACAGCCAACAAAAUGAUGCUUUCAUCCUUCUCGAAAAGCUAGUGAGUUAGCCAAUGCAACGUUAGCAUUUUUGUCACUAAACCGUGACAUUACUUGACGAUUUAAUAACACAAAAAAGCUAACAAACGUUACAAAUGUUUCCAGGGUUGGAACCAGUAGUGAAUGUCGAAGGUGUUACCGAAAUGAAACCAUAAUGCACGUCAAAUGUACAUAGAAUGGACUAUUCAGCGCAUGUUUAAGCUAGCCAGAAGUCGAGGCGGAAAAAAAGUAAAUGUUUAGCAUAUUAAG